CAUGGGCGGAAGCGGAAGAACAGCUGUGUGCUCACUGAGUGUCUUCCUCCUGUCAGCUGCCCAGUGCCUAUAGGUGCAGAGAAAUGGCCGCUCAGCUGCCCCCGAUACCUCCCCAGUUCAAGUCCCUGCAGCAUCACCUGAGGACAGCUCAGGAGCAUGACAAGCGGGACCCGGUGGUGGCUUAUUACUGCCGGUUAUACGCUAUGCAAACCGGAAUGAAGAUUGAUAGCAAGAGUCCAGAAUGUCGUAAAUUCCUGUCAAAGCUUAUGGAUCAGUUAGAAACUCAAAAGAAGCAGCUUGGCGACUGUGACUCCAUUACUCAGGAAAUUGUUGGCAGUGCCCAUGUGGAGAAUUAUGCCCUGAAAAUGUUCCUGUAUGCAGACAAUGAGGACAGAGCGGGGAGCUUUCACAAGAACAUGAUAAAGUCUUUCUACACAGCUAGUCUUCUGCUUGACACAUUAAGUGUAUUUGGUGAACUCACUGAAGAGAACUUUCAGCACAGAAAAUAUGCCAGAUGGAAGGCCACAUACAUUCACAAUUGUUUAAAGAGUGGGAUGACUCCUGAAUCUGGACCCGUCGGAUUUGAAGGCGAAAACUAUGAUGAAUAUGAUGAAGAGACAUCAUCUGCAAGCAAUCUAGACCCUGAAAGGUCAUCAUCCACAUACCAACCAGGAAACAUGUCAACUUCUAACUACACUGGAAUCCAGAUCCCUCCUGGGGCACAUGCUCCAGCCAACACACCGGCAGAGGUACCUCCCAAUACUGGUGUAGCAAGCAAUGCCGAUGUUCAUCCUUCACCGCAAAAUAUACCCUCUGUAGACCCAUCACUGUACAAUGCACAACCACAAGGGGAAGCUCGGUUGACUCCUGAAGACUUUGCCAGGGCUCAGAAAUACUGCAAAUAUGCAGGUAGUGCUUUACAGUAUGAAGAUGUUGACACUGCCGUAGAGAACCUACAGAAAGCCUUGAAGCUGCUCACUAGUGGCAAAGAAUGAUGAUCCCAUGUUCUCCAUCCGGCCUGCAGGAACACUAUACAGUAAUUCCACGUGCUGUGAUACCCCUGGUCUUGUGGAUUAAACGCCAAUGAUGACUUACAUUUUUAAUCCUCUGAGAGCGUUGCUUAAAAUUUGUAUUUUGAAGUCGGCAAUUACAUGAUGCUAAAACAUUAAAAAGUUUACAUAAACUGGGUGAUAUUUCUUUGAAGGCUUUGUAAAGUGCAGUGUGGAAUCUGAUUCAAUUUCUAGGAGCAAUGAAAUCUUUCUCUAUAAGCACUCCGUUGUACAAUGCUUACACAACAUUAAUGUUACACAUAUAUCAUAUUAAUGAACAAGACAAUAGCUUUAGAUAAAUUCAAUAUUACUAAGGACAGCCUUAGGACCAUUCUUUUACACCCAGGCAAGUUUUGUCUAUAUUCCAUUAAAAUAUGAUUAUGCUAUAGUAAGACAUCCUAAAAAUACAUAAGGACGAGGAAAGGUCCCCUAUCAACUUUAGUAAGGGUACUAGCACUGAAUUUGUAGAUCUUGAUCUUCUUAACACAAAAAAUAAAUUGUCAGAUACACAAAAUAAAAAUAUACGACCACUUCCCUUACUUUCCCUCAGUGCUAUUUUGACUCCUAUUACAAUUAAAACAGAACAAUACAUAAAGAUAUCUCAUUGUCUGGCUCAUUAUCUUGUACCUGGCUGUUAGACAACAGGCUGCAGCAGGAGUCUCCUUGUUUUGUUAAUCCCCACCCCAUAGCGGAAGAUAGAGCACAUUAGUAAGUGAUUAACACCUUUGUUCACUGAAGUAUUUUGUAAAAGAUUGUAUGUGUCAGGGUCAUGCAAAAGUACUCUGAACUAGCAACAGUAAGGGGAUCUCAUUUCUAGGUUUAGUGUCCCUUUACAAUGCUAUAACUUAGUUGAAGGGGGCAUUUCAGUGAGUUUGGAGGAAUGUUGUAAUGAAAGGUCAGGAGCAAUUGAGCUAACCCAUAUUGCUAGUGCGAAUGGUUUCCCUCCUAACAUGACACUACCACCUCCAUGAAACGUAUUUUAUGGAUGUGUGAAUAGUUUAUUUUACUCUACUUCAGCUGAACUUUUUUGUAUGUGAAGCCUUCGCUAAACUUUUCCAAUGACUUUUAUUGGCAGGGGUACCAUAGUUAGACCGUUUUAGUUUUUAUGAAGCAAAUGGUUUCUGAAAUUGUCAUUACAAGUGCAUGGCUUUAAAUGCAUGUAUCUGUUAGAUAUGAUUUAGAAUAAAUUGAUAUGAAAUAAAGAUUUUUUUUAAUGUC